AUGUGACUGUCAAACAUGGCUGCCUCCAUGUUGUCCAGGGUUGUGAGAUCGGGAUUUGAAUUUCUGCAAACCUCUGUUAGAACAGCGUCUCAGGCCCUGCGAUGUACUACAGGGAAUGUAGAGCAGGUGCGAGGUUAUUACGUGAAUUGGAGGAUGCUUCGAGAUGUCAAGAGAAGACAAAUGGCAUUUGAGUAUGCCAACGACAGACUACGGAUAAACGCUAUCAGAAAAAACACAAUCCUUCCUAAAGAACUACAGGAGGUAGCCGACAAAGAAAUCGCAGCCUUCCCACGAGACAGCUGCCCGGUACGGAUCCGCAACAGAUGUGUGAUGACGUCACGGCCCCGUGGUGUGAAACGCAGGUGGCGUCUUAGUCGCAUAGUUUUCCGUCAUCUUGCUGACCACAAUCAGAUGUCAGGGAUCCAAAGAGCAAUGUGGUAACUGUCAAGUGAAAUAAAUUCACCCAGUUCACCCGUGUCUUGUAUUUUUGUUUUGUUUCUUGAUGGAAAAUGAUUUAUUAAAAUAUGUGUAAAAAAAAAAAAAAAAA